AUGACCCACCUUGAAGAAAAAGCCCUGGAAACAUCGCCAAUAACUCCCCUCUGCUGGUUCCGCAAAGUAGAUGACACCUUUGUCAUCCUUCAUCCCAACAAUGACCCCAGAACCCUAUUGGGCCACCUGGAUUACCGAAAAACCCAAAUGCAGUUCACCUUGGAGGAAGAAACCAAUCAGCAGAUCUCCUUCCUUGAUGUACUUGUACAGAAAGAUAAUAAUGACAAACUCCAGACCACUGUUUAUCGGAAACCUACCCACCUACAUGUACCCACACAGAUCAAUACAUUCACUAUGCCUCCAACUAUCCACCUCAAGUCAAGAAAGGAAUUAUCUCAACCCUUGCGAGACGAGCUCACAACAUCUGUUCUACGAAACAACAUCUAA